AGUACGAAACCUAUAGAGUUCCGUUUUGGACAAGAAAGAAACUAAGACAUGCUUGGAGACCAAAUAUUUGACCAUUUUUUUUCAUUUUUAUGACAUAAUGCUUGACCACAUAAGACGUCAUUAACUCUCGAUAUUUUUGCAUAAAACUUACUAAUGUAUGACAUCAUCUGUGUAACAAUUUACAAGAGGACAUAAAAUACUAAAAUUGACUAAUUAUCCGAUUAUCCCAGUCAGUAGUUAAGGCUGCGAUGGUAAAAAGCUGAAUGAUUCAACUUAGAUAAAAAAGAGUUAGUUGUAUGCUGUCCACGUUAUAUCAGUUCGAAUUAAGCUAGCUAGGAGGAAAAAAAAAACGUUGAUUAGGUCUGAAAGGUUAUCAGAACCUAUCCAUCAAGAAUAUAUGUGACCUGCAAUUUAACCAGAAGUCCACAACAUUGUUACCAAACUCUUUUUUUUUAUCAGAUUUAAUUUCAAUAUCUUUCAAGAAUCAAGAAUUUAUAUAUAAAUAAUUAUUUUUGAAAGUAUUCUAAGCAUUUAAUCAGCAGUACCACCCAUUAACUAACAAAGGCAAUAUGUAGUUGGCUGGAAUCCACAUAUUAUUGAAUAACAAAGAUUUCAUGCUCCAUCUAAUGUAAUCUUUCAAGAAUUUUUUAUAAGAAUACACAUAAAUUAAGAAAAACAUAGAUCGUAUACGUAUAAACACACAUUUAAAGUAACAACUUAUUUUUGCUAACUUUUGAAUAUGAACAUUUUUAAAGUACGUAACAUUUCAAGAAAAAAAAAUAUUGUAUGCAAGUAUUACUUUGCAUUAAAAAAUAGAAUAAUCGAAAUGUUGCAGUUUAUAAUUUAUAUAAUCAUGUAACUAAAGUUAUCAAAAUGUUGUAGUUUAUAAUUGAAAUUUGAUCUUGUAUGUAUUACUUUGAAUAAAAAAUGGAAUAACAAAACUCACAAAAUUAUCAGUUUGGAAUGUCAAUAAUUUUGUCUUUGUCAAUGUUUAUUAUAUGCAAGUACAUAGUUUGCCCAAGAAUACAGAAACUUAGAUGAAUAUUGGUGGCUUGAAGUAGCGGGUGUAGGUUAGAACUUAGAGAAAAACAUUAAGUUAUUAAUACUAUACGAAGAGACGUUGAUAGGUUAACGAAAUUCAGUCCACACCAAGCAAUCUCUACCCUUAAUUAUAUCUAAAACUAAAAUUAUAAUACAUGUAUAUAUAUUCAGUAUAUAUUAUUAACUAAUUAAGAUCUAAAGAAAAUAGAGAAAAGAAAAAAGGUAGAUAGAUUACUUAAAAUGGGUGUUGUGUUGGUUAGGGAAGACGUUGGCAUCAGUCGCCGGUGGAGAGGUCUGUCCAAACUCUCCCGACUCUCUAACGAAUUAUUUAUUUGAUUUAUUUUCUUUUUUUUUACAACAUUUUUAUUUCUUUCUUCAUAUUUGUAUAUAAACUAUAUAAUAGACUAUAUAUACAUGUAUUCGUGCGGUUGCUCUUCACUUUUCUUCUUGUUCCCACAUACCCAUCUUCCCCAACCUUUCCCCAAGAAAAAAACUUAGGGUUUCCAUAUAGUUAACAUCUGUGUGUUUUCUUUUCUUAGUAUACUUCUUUGUUCUUGUAUUGGUUUCAAUUGGUACAUUUGAGAUAAAGGUGUUAGGUAGUUGAUAGAUCGGUGUAAAGAAAGAAAAAAGAUCAUGUGUAGUCGAGGCCAUUGGAGACCAUCAGAAGACGAGAAGCUCAAGGAUCUGGUUGAACAAUAUGGUCCUCAUAAUUGGAACGCCAUAGCACUGAAGCUCCCUGGUCGAUCUGGUAAGAGCUGUAGAUUGAGAUGGUUUAAUCAACUGGAUCCAAGAAUAAACCGAAACCCUUUCACGGAAGAUGAAGAAGAAAGACUUUUAGCUGCUCACCGGAUCCACGGGAACAGGUGGUCCAUCAUAGCUAGGCUUUUCCCCGGAAGAACGGACAACGCCGUCAAGAACCAUUGGCAUGUCAUCAUGGCUCGACGCACACGUCAAACCUCCAAGCCUCGUUUUCUUCCCUCCACCACUGCCUCUUCUUCUUUGAUUGCGACUGACCAAUUCAUGAUGGGUUCUGGUGAUCGGAAGAGAAUACUUGGAGACGUUGUUAAUUACCCUUAUCAGUUCUCACAUAUCAAUCAUCUUCAAUUCCUCAAGGAGUUUUUCACCGGAAAGAUUGCUUUAAAUACCAAAGAAAAUCAGAGUAAAAAGCCUCUAGAGUUCUACGAUUUUCUACAAGUAGAUACGGAUUCAAACAAGAGCGAGGUUAUUGAUCAAUAUUCAGACCAAAGCAACCCCAAUGACUCGGACAACAAAAACGAAAGUCAUGUUCCUUUCUUCGACUUUUUGUCUGUUGGAAAGUAAUCUGCUUCCUAGGGUUAACUCGUUUGUAGUAUAUAUAUAUCUCAUAUCUGUAUUUGUAUACAUAUGUAAGUCCCAAAUUUCUAGCUUAACUUCUUAGUCCGUAUACGUACGAGACUUUAGAUCGAUUACAUGUAUGUUUGGCGUAUAAAACCACUAAAUAGUGAGCUUUAAUCUGAGCCAAA